GGCAGCUGGUGACCUUGAGUGAACAGCGCCUCAGGCAGGUAAGUGCUCACCUGAGAGAAGAGAAUGGGAGAGGAGUAGAAAGGCCCUCAAGGAGGGAGAGAACAAAUACCUGGAGCACUGAAUGAGAUUUCCUUUGAAAUUGAUGAUGGCAAAGCAGAGCAGGCAUGUAUUUAUUUAACCAUUUGCUUGGUCACCAAAGGUGACCAGGAGAUGUAUGCGGGUGAGUGGGCUGGGGGCUGAGCCCUCUGUCUCUCAUAUGGCAGCCCCUUGUGUUUUUAUACUGUCUCUGGAGGAGACCUAGUCUAAGGUUGCCAUAUUUCAAACAGUGAAAAUCAGGACACAAAAGUUGCUGAAGUGGCUUGGGGGGCGGCAGUUGUUGAAUUUUUGGGGGAGGGAAACGUUGUUGAGUUUUUGUUGAGGGGAAGUUGCUUUUUGCUUUUUGGCAAAAUUGCAAGAAAGAAAAAAGACGUGGAAAGACCCGAAACAAGCGCAGGUGUGUCUGGACCAGUUCUCCAUAUUCAGCAGAAAGCUGUUGCUUCUUCUGGUGGAGAAGCAGAACAGGCAAGUCAGCUCAAUCUGUACUGGAGCCAAGACUGAAGUCUGGAGAAGGGCAAGGGCAGCAAAGGAUCUCAGCAAAAUGCUCGCGAGUAAUUAAGACCUGUAAGUAGUUUAUCAAAAACUAUAUUUAACAAUAGGGUUAACAAGUUCUUGAAGCAAGAGGAGAGUCUCCAGUUUACUGAGCUGCAAAUAAACCAACCUUUUAAACAAAUAACAUAAAGAACAGAACUAGAGAAGUGAACAUAUGAAUCACUGUGAAUCUGAAAGCAAUACAGUGGUACCUCAGGUUAAGUACAUAAGACAACCAUAUGUCAGGAGUGCUCUGAUGGUGUUUCCUGCUUGGCAGGGGGUUGGACUCGAUGGCCCUUGUGGUCUCUUCCAACUCUAUGAUUCUAUGAAGUACUAAAUUCGUUCCGGAGGUCCGUUCUUAACCUGAAACUGAUCUUAACCUGAAGCACCACUUUAGCUAAUGUGGCCUCCUGCUGCCACUGCACCACAGGAGCACGAUUUCUGUUCUUAUCCUGAAGCAAAGUUUUUAACCCGAGGUACUAUUUCUGGGUUAGCGGAGUCUGUCACCUGAAGCAUAUGUAACCUGAAGCGUAUGUAACGCGAGGUUACCAGAGAAGGGAACAUAUUAAUCACUAUGAAUCUGAAAGCAAUACAGGCACAACUAUUGGUCCAUAGCAGCCCACGAGAUAAAACCCAAAGAGUGACAGCAGCAAAGCUCCUUUAUUAAGAUGGAUUGAAAGUAAUGAGCAAGCUUCUAAGUUCAUCAGAAUUCUUCUCUUCAGGAGGGAUAUUAACCAAAAAGAAAAGGGAAAGGGGGGUGUUGAUUGAUCUAUUACUAUUUGGACUCCUGUCCUGAGAUGGAGAGGAGAGCAGGGCCCACAUUCACCAGCCCUACUGAAAAGGCUGAUAAUAAUAAUAAUAAUAAUAAUAAUAAUAAUAAUAAUAAUAAUUUAUUUCUACCCCACCCAUCUGGCUGGGUUUCCCCAGCCACUCUGAGCGGCUUCCAACAGAAGGUUAAAAAUUUAUUAAAAUAUCCAUCAUUAAAAACUUCCCUAAACAGGGCUGCCUUCAUGAGGCCGGAUAACAUUGCUAUGAGGAGUGAAGGUGGCUCCCUGCAAUGCCCUGUCCACCUGGCCUAAGGGGUGAGGCCCACACUCACCCAGCCCCACUGAAGAGGCUCCUCAUGAGGCUGGAGGAACAUUGCCUGGUUGUGAGGCGUGAGGGCCUCUCCCUGCAAGGCCCUCACUAGCCCUACUGAAGAGGUGAAUUGUUAUUAUUAUUAUUAUUUAUAUCUACGCUGCCCAUCUGGGUGGGUUUUCCCAGCCACUCUGAGUGGCUUCCAACAGAGGGUUAAAAAUACAUUAAAACAUCAGUCAUAAAAAACUUUCCUAAACAGGGCUGCCUUCAUGACGUCAGAGGAAUAUUGCCCGGCCAUAAGUAUGAAGGCCACUCCCUGCAAGGCCCUGUCCAUCUGGCCUAGGGGGUGAGGUCCACACUCACCAGCCCCACUGAAGAGGCUCCUCAUGAGGCCGGAGAAACAUCGCCCGGCUAUUGUUUUAUUGUUUGCUCUUUCCAUCGAACCCUUAACAGCAUCAAUAAAACACAAUGUAAAGUUUUGGAGUGUUGAUAUACAAGGUUAAAGUCCACACGAUCACUUUCUUCCCACAUGAAAUUGUGCUUUUAUUGUCUAACCCAGAGGAAAUGAUGCCUGAAGUUUGGGGAGAAUUAGACUAAUGAAGCAAAAUCUGAUUUGCACCUUAGCUAGCUUCAACGUUUCCCUUUGAUAACUAAAGUAUUUGGGAACAUGUAUCUAUAAAGAAAAUAAAUUCUGUUCUUUUGCUCUGGCAGGGCAAACAGAAAAUGAAAACUAGGGGGAACCUAAAUCUCUCAUGCCUUGGAUGCAUCACCACAGUGAAGAUGUCAAUUCUUGCAAGGUUUCUUCCUUAUUAUUCCAAGUUUUACCAAUUGUGAUUGCUCCUGAGUGACAGGGUCCAAUUCAGAAGUACCCUCGAGCUGUAGACCUGCUCCUUCCAGCAGUUUAUAAAAAUUAUGCAUAGCCUAGAGAAAGCAGAUUCAGAAAGCCUUUUCUCCCUCUAAUAACUCUUGAACUUGUGGACAUUCAAUGAAGCUGAAUGUUGGAAGAUUUAGGACAGAUGAAAGAAAGUACUUCUUCACUUCAAACUAUGGAACUCUCACCCCAUUAUGAGGCAAGACUCGUAAUUGCUUCGUUUUUCAUUAAUGGUAUUCCGAGGCCAAAUAUAGCCUACGUAGCCUGCCAAUUAGGGCAAGUACAGGAGGUUGUUGACAUUUCUUCAGCAAUCUUAAUUCCAGUUUGGGAUUCAUCCAGUCCAGCCUUUCACAUGAUGAAAUCUGCAUAUAAAUUAAAUAAUACAACAUACAACAUACAAAUAAUACAAUAAAUUAAAUAAUACAAUUAAAUAAAUUAAAUAGUACAACAAUAUACAGCCUUGUUGUACCCCUUUCCCAAUUUUGAACCCAUCAGUUGUUCCAGUUCUACCUGUAGCGUCUUGUCCCACAUAGAGAUUUCUCAGGAGACAGAUAAUAUAGCAUUAAUAAAUAAUUCCACCCAAUGUGUAUAAAGUUUGCCAUUUUAGCAUCACAUGUACAACGUGUAAGCUAUUCCUGUUUCAGAUGAAUAACGUAGUGCUCUGAACAUGUUGAGAUUUAGACCACCUGUGUUGCUUAAUUUGCCUCCUGCACCUGCUGAAUUUUUGUUUAUGCUGCUGCUCUUUCAGUGCAUUCCAAAUUUUAUGGCCUAAUUUGGAAAUACAGGGAGGAAUUCCAUGUAGCACAAUGCCAAUUGUUCCACCAGAGCAAGCUUUUCAGCUUACCAGACACCCUGGCACACACCCAGCUGGGCCCUUUACCCAGAGUUUGUGUUUCCUUUUGAAAGUGAGGUACAGUGGAGACUGUGUGGUCUUUAUAUGGUUAAUUGACACAUACAUAUAUACAACCUGAGCCUAUGAUGGAGUUAAUGUUUCUCCCGUAGCCACAGCUGUGGAUCCCAGCAGAAAUCAAACAUCAUGCUCUGCCUCUGUGCCUUUCCAGCCUGCAGCUUUUCCUCUAGUUCACACCACAGUCCCCAAAACGUUAACUUUGUCUUUCUAGCUGGGGGAGGGGUCCCACCCAUUUGCUGUCUCAGACAGAGCCCCUUCCCUUUCUUUUCCUUUAAUGGCUCAUCACCCAGGUGAUUACCUCAUCAGGAAGCUGGUCUGGCUUAUAUUUUAACACUUAUUGUAUCCAGGAGUUCAGGAGUCUGGCACCCAUAAACUCAUAAACUUUAUUCUGAUUCCAGUAGAUGUGUAAAUAGAUGGGUUGAGUGAAUAAUGCCAAUCCCUGAGAGUGCAUAUUUUCCUUCCAGAAACAGAUUGCAAGGGCAAGAAGGCAGGUGUUAUGAGCAGGUCUUGAGUGUGUCGGCAGUUGGCAGACUGAUUCUCCAUGCACCCAGCCUGAUCCCCAAAGCUCCCCUUGUGUGCGUGCGCGCGCGCGCACACACACACACACACACACACACACACACACAGAGUGAGAGUGAGAGAGAGAGAAAAAACAGAAUUCAUCUCCCUUUCACUGGGCUUCUCUUUUGCAGGUUGCUUUUGGAAACAGGAUAGAGGUGGCCAGGAUCUCUCCCCCACCCACGUAGUCUGCAAGUGCCUUCCUCCUGCCCACCAAAAGUAUGGAAGGUGCCAGGAAGAUGCUCAUGACCAAGCUGCAGAAUUUGCCCACUGUGGUCCUCUUCUGCUCUAUCUUCCUUUUCCUACUUGUUGCAAAGAACAAAUGGGAGUCUCUUGAGACGCUUUUCUCACCGCACGACAUCAAGCUCAAGAGCGGCCCAGAUUCCACAGGCGAUCGUAAAAAUGCCAUGGUAUUUGAAUGGGAAUCUGCAGUGGAGAGGACAAAGGAGACCAAGCCCUCUGGUCUGAUUUCACCACCACAACCAGUGGCCAAGCGGCAUCCCUUGGAGGUUGUCUAUUCCACUGAUUAUAAGUUCCUUCUCAACGAGCCAAAGAAAUGCCGGGAGAGGAGCCCUUUCUUGAUCCUGCUGGUGAUAACUAAGCCCCAGGAUUUUGCCACGAGGCAGGCCAUCCGGCAGACGUGGGGCAACGAGAGCUCAGUGCCUGGGGUUUCCAUUCUUCGUCUCUUUCUGACGGGUGUCCACCCAAAAUUUGGAUACCCGCUCCAGGCCCUUUUGGAAGAGGAGAGUUCCAUCCACAAAGACAUUAUUCAGCAGGACUUCCUGGAUACCUACAACAACCUUACCCUGAAGACUCUGAUGGGCAUGGAGUGGAUAAGCAAGUUCUGCCCCAAUGCCACCUACAUGGUGAAGGCAGACAGUGACAUCUUUCUCAAUGUGAACUACAUGGUGUCCCAGCUGCUGCAACCUCACCUGCCACCCAAGAAGAACUACAUGACAGGGUACAUCUGUAGGAAUUCAAAGCCAAUGCGUAACAAGGCCUACAAGUGGUAUGUGCCACAGGAGGUGUACCCCAAUGAGACCUACCCGCCCUACUGCGCAGGCCCAGGGUAUGUGUUCUCUGGGGAUCUGGCCAAGAAGAUCUACCAGGUAGCAAAGACCAUCAAGGUCAUUAACAUGGAAGAUGCCUUCAUGGGAAUCUGCCUGUAUGAGCUGGGCAUCAGCGUGACAAACAGCCCUGGGGGUCUCUUCAAGACGUUCCAUGCCAAGUAUGAGAAGUGCAAGCUCUCCAAGGUGGUGGUGGUGCAUCCUCUGGUGGUCCCAGAGGAGCUGCUACAGAUUUGGCCUGGCUUUCGGGACCAGAAUCAGACUUGCAAGAGUUAAAAUGGAGGGAGGUGAACAGACACACAGCCUCUUGUGGAGAAGUUGGCACAGAGGACUGGCAACAUGCGGGCAUGUUCCUGUACAAUGGACAAAUCCAUGCCAACAAAUUGCAAUGAGGAAAGGGAAGGAUGGCUCAGAGAAGAAGGAAGAUUCUGUGCUCUCCUCCCCGUAGAAUCUCUGCAGCUGCCCAUAGCAACUUGUUUGGUCUGCUCUGAACUGACCACUGCGCUACUAAUGUGCCAAAUUGACAACCUCAAAGUUUUGAGAUCAUCACAGCCACCACCUCACCUACUGGAAGAGAGCAACCCUCAGGCCAUGCGGAUGUGGCACUACGUAGGAUUGCCAUACGUCCAGGAAUUCCCGGAAAUAUCCUCUUUUUGGGGGUCCUGCAUGCCCAUCCAGGGGGAAUUUUACAUUUUAAAGCAAUUGUUUGGGAUUUUGGGUUUUUAAAUAUAUAUACAUUUUUUGUGUGCAAUAGCUGGGCGUUGUCCCUCCAGCUUCAUGAGGAGCCUCUUCAGUAGGGCUGGUGAGUGUGCACCUUGCUCCCUAGGUCAGGUGGACAGGGCCUUGCAGGGAGUGGCCGUCACACUCACAGUCGGGCAAUGUAUAUUUAUAUAUAUGAAAAAGCAACAGAAGUUGACAAAUAAGUCUUUUGCACAAUGCCAACAACCCAAAGAGGCAUGUGCUAUGUGGAGUAUGGCUUCCUACUGUGAAGGAAACUUCUACUGAUCUGCUUUAAAUUACUCCCCAAAUCAACACAGACUGUGGAAACUUCACACUGGACUUCAAGCAUCUGGCAUUGUGUGCCUCCCCUUUAUUCCUCCAGACUCUGGGUCCUGGGUUUCCAAAUGAGAUGCAAAAGGUGCUCUCAUCAGAAAAGAGAUCUGGGGAGCCAUGUCAUCAGCUGGUUUUGGUCCCCUGUGCUUCAUUAAGUCCAGGGUCCACACAGCCGUCUACCAGGAGAUUUUGGAGCACUUCAUGCUUCCUUCCGCAGACGAGAUUUAUGGGGAUGCAGACUUCAUUUUCCAGCAGGACUUUGGCACCUGCCCACACUGCCAAAACUACCAAAACCUGGUUCAAUGUCCAUGGGAUUACUGUGCUUGAUUGGCCAGCAAACUUGCCUGACCUGAACCCCAUAGAGAAUCUAUGGUGCAUUGCCAAGAGACAGAUGAGAGACAUGAGACUGAGCAAUGCAGAAGAGCUGAAGGCUGCUAUUGAAGCAUCCUGGUCUUCCAUAACACCUCAGCAGUGCCACAGGCUGAUAGCAUCCAUGCCACGCCGCAUUGAGGCAGUAAUUGAUGCAAAAGGGGCCCAAACCAAGCACUGAGUACAUAUGCAUGCUUCUACUUCUCAGAGGUCCAGUAUUGGUCUAUUUGCAAUCCUUGUUUUGUUGAUUUCAUUUAAUAUUCUAAUUUUCUGAGAUUGUUAAUUUGGGGUUUUCAUCAGCUGUAUGCCAUGAUCAUCACAAUUAUAACAAAUAAAGGCUUGACAUACCUCACUUUGCAUGUUAUGAGUCUAUCUCAAAUAUUCAUUUCACCUUUUAAAUUGUAUUACUGAAAUAUUCUAAUUUUCCGAGUUUCACCUGCAGUAUAGGGAUGUUUUUAAAUGUUUGUUUUAUUAUGUAUGGAAGCUGCCCAGAGUGGCUGGGUCAACCCAGUCAGAUGGGCAGGGUAUAAAUAAUAAAAUGAUUAUUAUGGAAUAGGACGUCACAUCUCUCUUUUCAACAGAGAAAUGUUGGAGGGUGUGCUAGUGAGAAAGCAGAUUUGAUCCUGGAAUUGUGUCUUGAUGUGGCUGCAGAGAUUGUUUCGGGACUGGAGUGCGAGUUUAGAGCUUCUGACCCACAACCAGAGGGGAGGCCAAAGCAAAACAGAUGAGGUCCAGGAAGAUUAAUUUACUUGGACCGAGAAAUUUGUGAUGAUACCAAGACAAGGAACUCUGUGGAGGCCCCAAGACCAUGCAAGCAGCUGCCCACUGGGG